AUGUUUCCUUCAGAGGAAAGGCAAGUGAGGAGAAUAAUGGAGGCCAUAGAGGUUGGGAUGGUGAAGUGGCCCAGAGCAAAAAGGGAAGAGAUUGAGAAAAUUAGAAAAUUGAAUUGGGCUUUGGAAGAGAUUGCAAAAUCACCAUCUUGCAUUUUUGUUACGAGAAGAAUUAAAUCUAAAAUCUGCAGCGGCAACCCUGGGAUCCCUGGUGGCAAUAGGCCUGGGAUCGGUGGAAAGAGAGGCAAUGCUGGUGGGGUUGGCACAUGCGCCAGGCCAGUUGCAGCACAUGCUGCCAUUAGCAGUAGUGAAAAUAUUGCUUCAACUUCUCUAGACAUGGUUAUUGGCAAACCUGGAACUCUUACUUUUGCACUAUACCAGAAAAGGGUUAGCUAG